CAGAGCCAAAGUUGCAAGAGAUAAUACAUACUAUAAUGCCCUCCGUUUCUCUUUCCCUUUCUUUCUCUCUCUCUCUCUCUUAACCUCUUUUAUACCUCGAUUCUACCAUCUUAGGCGCGCAUCGCGCGUUCUUCUUUCCUCCCCUACUUCAUCUAUAUUUGCCCGCCUUUUUUUAAUUUGAUAGAUCGAUCAACGAAUAUUAUAUAAUCAAUACAAUGAUGCAUUUAUCUGGAAUACUUGUAGUAGCGCUGCUUGUAGUGCUCAUUCCAGCGGUUGUAUUCGCGAUCCAAGAUGGAACAGACGUUACUGAUCCGACAACCUUUCCAUAUUAUGUCAUGCUCGGUAAUCCACAUGUAUGCGGUGGCGUGAUCCUAUUAUUCAACCCUGCCAUCAUCCUUACAGCUGCUCACUGCGUGGUUGAUGCCCCACACCCAUUGAGCUUGACAACGAGGCAUAAUCCGUACUUUGUUGGAUACGGAGAUAUUGACCGUAAAAGCCAAACGAUCAACACUAUUACCGAUUGGAUCGUACAUCCAGAUUACGAGGACAGCAAUGGACAGGUAGAUAUGCAUCACGAUAUCGCCAUCGUCAAGCUCCAGAAGCCGCUGAAGCCUUCUGACACUGUUGCUCGAGUUGCCUUGUGGUCUGCAAAGGACUUUGACAUACCACGACAGGCAGAACUGAUGGGUUACGGCUAUACAAGGAUUGACAAACCAGAGGCACCGACGUUGCAGCGAAUAGCAGUCAAUGUCACAAGGUUCACUGCGGGCUACUCGGAUAUGGUAGAAGCCAUGUCUUCCCAUGACAGCGAAAUGGCUUGCCAUGGUGAUUCAGCCCUUUAAUUGUCCACAAGCA